AUGUCGCCGAAAGUAGCCAUUGCGGGAGCCACUGGCAAUCUUGGCCCGGCUGUACUCAACGCCCUGCUCAGCGCCGGCUUCGAGGUGACUGUCUUGACCAGGGCUGAAAGUGACAGAAGCAAAAACAACUUCGGCCAAGCCCGCGUGGUACCAGUCGACUACAGUUCCUUAUACUCCUUGACAGCAGCCCUGAAAGGCCAAGAUGUAGUCGUCAACACCCUCGGCGCUAUCUCCCGAGACGUCCAUCUCAAAUUGAUAGACGCAGCCGUCGCUGCCCAGGUCCAGCGCUUCAUCCCUUCAGAGUUCGGCUCCGACACAACCAACGCCAUUGCAGCCAAGCUCCCAGUCUACCAGGACAAGGUCGCCAUUCAGAAGUAUCUCCGGGAAAAAGCAGCCGAGUCUGCGGGCACGUUCUCCUACACUCUCCUGAUCACCGGCCCUUUCCUCGACUGGGGUCUGGCUGUCGAGUUCCUACUUAACUGGCGGGCCCCAGAAGUGGAGCUGUAUGAUGGGGGUGAACGAAAGUUCAGCGUGACGACGCUCGCGGGGGUAGGCAAGGGGAUUGUUGGCAUAAUCAACAACCUCGAGGCCACGAGAAAUCGCAAAGUGUAUAUCCGUGAGGCUGAUGUCUCUCAGAGCGAGCUUCUGAAGCUCGCGGGCAAGCAGCUGCCCACCAAGUCCAUCAGCACCGCAGAGUUGGAGAAAGAGGGUUAUGCCGAGCUCGCCAAGCCGAACCCUAACCCAAGGGUGUUUGCGCGAACUAUUUUCGGGGAAGGGUCCGGCAGUCUUUUCCCUGCUGAGAGUCUCAGUAACGAUCUGCUGGGAGUGAAAACGCUUACCAAGGAGGAGCUGCAGGAGAUUGUGUCCAGGUCGACUAAGUAG